CACCUGAGAAGACAGACAGAACCCGUAGUCGCAUGCACAUACUCAGUUUAGUGUGUAUUGCUAGAGUUUUUUUUUUUCUCUUGGGAGAGUGCAUUUCCAUGUUGUGUGUACUGUGGGAGACCAGAUAUAGUGAAUGCAGGGUCCUGGGAGACCAGAUAUAGUGAAUGCAGGGUCCGGGGAGACCAGAUAUAGUGAAUGCAGGGUCCGGGGAGACCAGAUAUAGUGAAUGCAGGGUCAGACAGAUAUAGUGAAUGCAGGGUCCUGGGUUUAGUUACACUUUAAUGAA